UCUAAUAUAAAACACACACAAGUAUUAAGACCAUCCUAAAAACAAAGGUUACUUUGUGAUAAGCAAGAACAGAUCAGGUUUUUAGACCAACCAAAUAACAAACCAAGAUGGCGUCCUCAAAUAUGCAGAUGAUCAUGAAAGACUUGCAAAAUCUGAAGCAGGAGGAGUCUGCGCUUGUGAACCUGGCGUCGAAAAUCAGCGACCAGCUCAACCGACUGAAGGUAGAAGAGCUGGCACUACAGAACAUGGCGAGGCAGCAGGCUGAGGAACUUGAGCGGAGGUCGCGGGGGUCACAGCGCUCUAUAAAUAGAUCAUUGUCACACGAGGGGGGGAGGGAGGAGGAGGAGGGUGAUGAAAAUGAGGAGGAGGAGUUUGUCCGCCCGCUGGAUUUGUAUGUGAAUAGGCAUUUUGCGGAAAGAAAUGAUCAGGAGGAAGAGGAGGAGGAAGAUGAUGAUGAGGGAAAACAGUCGGAUGACAUUGAGCAGUUUGUUAAGGGGCUCUGUUGAGGUGGUUUAUUUGUAAUUGAUAGAAUAUAGACAAAAACUUUUGUAUUGAUGUUUGGUAUGUUGAAGUAUGCAGAAAUUUACGUUUGAACAUUGUUUUGUUUUUUUAAAGUAACUUUUGUAUGCCUUAACAGGAAUUAAGCUUGUGAAGUACAUUGAAACGCCAUACAGGGAAUUUCGAUACAAUCAAAUAAUGGGAUAUUAUGAACAUGUUUGUCAGUCCCGUCCGCUUUCCUAAUAUACAAAACUAAAAAAAGGCGGGAUUUAAUAAAAACAGGAUUUGAGGACAGAUGCAAAAUGACAAUUUAAUUGUUCAUGCACUUCAUUUACUUAUCAAUAAACAUUUGUCACAAUAUAAAGUAUGAGUUUAUUUGCACUUAUUAUACUAGGGUUUAAUAAUAAGCUGUCAAGAAAGAGUCCGAACCGCAUAAGGUAUAUGUACAUGUAUAUGUUUCGGCGUAACCACCACACAUGCUUUUGGGAAGAACACGGGGAACAGCAAAAACCAACACACUGUAAAUAGAAAUAAUUAUGCACAAAAUGUAAAUGUUUCAAACUUCAUAGGACUUGUUAAGAAAUGUCUUUUAACACUGUGUUGAAUUUGAAAAUGUACAUACAUGAGAAGAUUAAGAGUAAUAGCAUUACGACAUCCUGCACAUAUUGCUUCAACAUAAAACAUGUGCCAUACUCGUGAUACUACAUUUGUAUAAACAAUGUGAUACGACGAACAAUACUUGUCUCCCUUGACUAUUCAUUGUAUCUCGUUUCGACUGUAAAUAAACCGUACGUAAAGUGUA